GCGCGACCGCCCGGCCGCAGCAUGGACGGAGCCCAGGCCCAGGCUGAGGCCGCGCUCGGCCCUUUCCGCCUGGCCGUGCGGCAGCAGGGGGAUCUGGUGAGAAAGCUGAAAGAAGACAAAGCCCCCCAGGUCGAUAUCGACAGAGCUGUGGCAGAGCUCAAGGCCCGCAAGAGGAUUUUGGAGGCCAAGGAGUUGGCGCUGCAGCCCAAAGAUGACAUCGUUGACCGCGUUAAAAUGGAGGACACCCUCAAGCGGAGGUUCUUCUAUGACCAAGCCUUCGCCAUUUACGGAGGGGUCAGCGGCCUCUAUGACCUGGGGCCUGUGGGGUGCGCCCUGAAGAAUAACAUCGUCCAGCUGUGGCGGCAGCACUUUAUCCAGGAGGAGCAGAUCCUGGAGAUCGACUGCACUAUGCUCACCCCGGAGCCCGUUCUCAAGACAUCCGGCCACGUUGACAAAUUCGCUGACUUCAUGGUGAAAGACGUGAAAAGUGGAGAAUGUUUUCGUGCUGAUCAUCUCUUGAAAGCUCACCUGCAGAAAUUAAUGUCUGAUAAGAAAUGUUCAGCUGAGAAAAAGUCUGAGAUGGAAAGCGUCUUGAUCCAGCUGGACAACUACGGGCAGGAGCAGCUCGCGGACCUCUUUGUGAACUACAGUGUCAAGUCCCCCCUGACUGGAAAUGACCUGUCCCCCCCUGUGUCGUUCAACUUAAUGUUCAAGACCUUCAUCGGGCCUGGAGGGAACAUGCCUGGUUACCUGAGGCCGGAGACCGCCCAGGGCAUCUUCCUCAACUUCAAGCGGCUUUUGGAAUUCAACCAGGGAAAGCUGCCCUUCGCCGCUGCCCAGAUCGGCAGCUCCUUCCGCAACGAGAUCUCCCCGCGAUCAGGACUGAUCCGAGUCAGAGAGUUCACGAUGGCCGAGAUCGAGCACUUUGUCGACCCCAAGGAGAAACACCACCCUAAGUUUGACAGCGUGGCGGACCUCACCAUCUCCCUGUAUUCAGCAAGAGCCCAGGUCAGCGGCCAGUCUGCACACAAGAUGCGCCUCGGGGAUGCGGUGGAGCAGGGGGUGAUCAACAACUCCGUGCUGGGGUAUUUCAUCGGCCGCAUCUACCUCUACCUCACCAAGGUCGGGGUGUCACCAGAGAAGCUUCGAUUCCGGCAGCACAUGGACAACGAGAUGGCGCAUUACGCUUGCGACUGUUGGGACGCCGAGGCUAAGACGUCCUACGGCUGGAUUGAGAUCGUUGGCUGCGCCGACCGCUCCUGCUAUGACCUCACUUGCCACUCGAAGGCGACCAAAGUCCUGCUGGUGGCGGAGAAGCUGCUCAAGGAGCCCAGAACGGUGAAUGUGGUUCAGUUUGAGUCGAGCAAGGCUGCCAUUGGCAGGGCCUACAAGAAGGACGCCCGGCUUGUCCUGGACUAUCUGGCUGCCUGCGACGAGGUCUACGUCACCGAGAUGGAGAACCUGCUCAGUGAGAAGGGGGAAUUUACCAUUGAAACAGAAGGGAAAACAUUCCAGGUGACCAAGGACAUGGUCAGCGUGCAGAGAUUCCAGAAGACGCUUCACGUUGAAGAGAUUGUUCCAAACGUCAUCGAGCCGUCCUUUGGUCUGGGCAGGAUCAUGUACACAGUGUUUGAACACACGUUCCGUGUUCGAGACGGGGACGAGCAGAGGACGUUCUUCAGCUUUCCUGCGGUCGUUUCUCCGUUCAAAUGUUCCGUCCUCCCGCUGAGCCAGAACCAGGAGUUCAUGCCCUUCGUCAAGGAGUUAUCCGAAGCCCUGACCAGGAAUGGGGUGUCGCACAAGGUGGACGACUCUUCGGGCUCCAUCGGGAAGCGCUACGCCAGGACCGACGAGAUCGGGGUAGCCUUUGGGAUCACCAUUGACUUUGAUACCGUGAAUAAGACUCCGCACACGGCUACUCUGAGAGAACGGGACUCCAUGCGUCAGAUCCGCGCCGAGAUCACUGACCUUCCCAAGGUCGUCUGCAGUUUGGCCAACGGCUCCAUCACUUGGUCUGACGUGGAAGCCCGCUACCCGCUGUUUGAGGGGCAGGAGACGAGCAAGAAGGACACCAUUGAGGACUAAGACUGGCGCGUCGUUUCCUUGUCCUGCUUACGCCAAAAACCCAUGAACUUGUAUCAUGUGACUGUCUGUGCCGGAGCGGGGCGGGAUCUUAGCCCGACACAAAUGACGAUUAAAUUAAAGGUUGCACAUAGCUGA